CAAACGGAAUACUGGGCCGGCGAGAGAAGAGAAGUCGGCGCAUGUUCUGACAUGACUGCUACUGUGUCUCUGGAUUUACGGUGUACGAUACCCCCGCUUAACUUGACUUUCCGCAGAAAUCCAACCUCGAGACAUGGUCGCUCGUUGGCGCUUCUCCUCAUCGUACCUUUCCCGCAAUGCUGAACCCUACUUCUCCGGUUUCGCCGACCUCCAUAGGGAGAAAACGACCGCACCCGCCCACUGAGCCUUCAUCAACCCAGCCAGAGCCGUUGGCGCAUUCCCAGCAACAUGCACCGGUAAACGUUUCCCCCGCCUCGAAUUCCUCCUCAUUCCGCAAUGUAUCAGCCUGCAACCGUUGCCGCUUGCGCAAGAACCGCUGCGACCAACGGCUUCCCCGGUGCCAGUCCUGCGAAAAGGCCGGCGUCCGGUGUGUUGGGUACGACCCAAUCACUAAGAGAGAGAUACCCCGGAGUUAUGUGUACUUCCUUGAGGCUCGCGUGGCAUACCUGGAGAAAGUGUUGAUGGAGCAUCAGAUUGAUUUUAAGGGAGCGGUAGCCUUCGAUGAAGAGGAAGCGGUCAAGGUGGAGGCAGGCCAUGACUCUACUCAGUCAAAGUCAGCGGGCUCAGAAGGGCCAACGGGUGCUGAAAUGUCGACAGCUGACGAAAGCGAUAAAUUGAUGCGAAUGAAAAGAGAGAAGGAAGGCUCGAUAUCAAGAACAGGGAAAAAUAGAGAGAGUGGGCAAGACUCGGAGAAUAACAUGGAAUCCGAAAAAGAAGAUAAUUGGAGGAUACAUAACCUGGUGUCGAAUAUUGGAAUGGUGUCGGUCCAAGGGACCUCUGACCCUCGGUAUUUAGGAUCAACUUCUGGUAUCUCUUUUGCUAGGGUCGUGUUUGCUGCGGUCAAAAGCUCUGUUUCAGGGAACGCGUCCGAGCGAGGCCCUAUGCGCCCAAGUGAACGCCUACCCCAUAGCGCUACUGGUACAGCCGGAAGUACUGGCCGUGAUUCUUUUUUCGGCCUUCAAACGAGACCGAUGAUGAAAUGCGCUGCUUUUCCAGAUCGAGAUCUGGCUGAGAAACUAGCCAAUCUCUAUUUUGAACACGCCAACCCCCAAAUACCCAUCCUGCAUCGCAAUGAUUUCAUGGAACUACUUGACCGCACCUACUCAGUUGAUGAAAAGAGCCGCCCUCCUCGCAGUCUUUACAUGCUCAACAUUGUAUUCGCUAUUGGUGCUGGUAUAAUAUUUGAGGAUAAAUCAGGUGACGAGAAAGGGAAUGGCCACGACCGUUCCCCGUCUACUUCCAAAAGGCCUCGACUGUCAAGUCACCAAUACCAGCCCGAGGAGUAUCACGCGUCCGCCAUUAUCCAUCUAGAGUCCUUUGUGGGUGCUUCUUCGACUAAUGACGGGUUUGGAGCGCUAGAGGAGUUACAGGCAGUGCUUCUUCUCGCCAGCUUUGCCCUCCUACGGCCCGUUGCACCCGGACUAUGGUACAUUGUUGGCGUUGCAAUGCGGUUAGCUGUUGACCUUGGACUACAUUACGAAGACGGAACCGGAAUCGAUACACUGGGGGCUGAUACUCUUAACUUUCCGCAUAGGAGAGCCGAAGAUAGAGACAAACCGCGCAUCGAUACCCGUGAGCGAGGACGACGAGAGUGGGUUCGUGACCUCCGCCGGCGCCUAUGGUGGUGCGUUUAUAGUUUCGAUCGCCUAGUUAGUUGCUGCGUUGGCCGCCCUUUUGGUAUUAGCGAUCAGGCCAUUAGCACGGAGUUUCCGUCCCUGUUAGAGGACCAAUAUAUCACAAAGUCGGGUAUCGUGAUGCCUCCAGAGGGCUCCCCGAGCUAUAAGCAUGCAGCACACCAUUACUUUAAACUGCGGGUGCUGCAAUCUGAGAUUCAAGAUGUCCUGCAACAUCAGCAAGCGCGGUUCGCGAAGCACAAGGUCCCUCAUGCGGCGAGAUUCACACGAUCUGAUCUUACAUCCCCAUUCCUGCAAGGCUUUGACUCUUUCCGCUCCUGGCGCAAGGAUAUCCAUCGGCGAUUGAAUGAAUGGCAACAGACUGCCCCAACGAGGCGCGACACAGGCGUUCAGUUUUCCGUAGAGUUUCUCGAAUUGAACUACUGGCAAGCUGUCAUCAUGCUAUACCAGCAAAGUCUAACGGUUCCCGCAGAAUUGGCCGAUGAACUCACGCCCGCUGAAGACGUCUCCAGCCCUUCAUUUUCUAAUGUGGAUGAAGGGGACGAUGAAGAUGAUAUCUAUUACAAAGUGGCCGAAGCAGGGCAAAAGGUCAUUCGAAUAUACCGUCAAAUGCACCGUGUGCGAUUGGUAAAUUAUACGUAUCUGGCUACACACCACAUCUUCAUGGCAGGCAUCUCGUUUUUGUAUGCAAUCUGGCAUUCACCCAUAGUUAGAAGUCGCUUGACACUAGAUGAGGUGGACUUUACGGUACUUGCUGCCACCUCUGUUUUGGGAGAUCUAAUGCAUAAGUGUCCACCUGCAGAAGCGUGCCGGGAUGCCUUUGAGCGGAUGAGCAAAGCCACAGUCCAAAUGUGCUUAUCUACCACUGGAUUUGGAUCUCAGGUCGACUUGACACAGUUCCAGUCGAGUGCUGCUGCGACUCAACAAGCCAAUGCAAUGUAUGUUGGCCGAAAUAGACAGCAUGGUCGAUAUAUAAUGGAUCAACGACAGAGACUUCCUGGCCAGCCCCGACGCCAAACCCAGACGCGACCUACACGGCCGAUUCCGAGGUUCGAUAUGAAUCUUGGGGACCUAUUUAAUGACAGUACUAUCUCGGAGCGAUCUAACCAUGGCGCAAGGAGGUCAGUGCAACCCUACCCAAUCCGACCAGAUUACUCUGAAGCCUCCGCCUCCACAUUCGCCUCAGAGCGACCAAACCAGCCCCAACGGACACCAUCCAUAGAAUUUUAUGGGAACUAUGAGAGCCCCGUAUCUCCACAGACGCAACAACAGUACAUCUAUGGCAAUUCUCCACAGCAAAGCGCGUCACCUAGCAGUGUUACUGCUAAUCCCAGCAACCAUCAAUUUCAACCAACAGAUCAAGAAAUACCACCUACAGGAAUAAGCCUGGAUUUUCUGGAUUUCGAUGCGCCUGGUGCAGAAGGCCAAGUUCCUGUGGGGUCUGACGAGAAUCCCGAUUAUGAUUUACCGGCGGUGCCCUCUUUAGGACAUGGAGCUGGGCAUAGUGUCGGGAUUGACCUAGGUUUCGGCAUGGCAGUCGACUUUCAACAUGACUGGAGUGAAAAUGCCAAUUAUGAUCUUCUCGAAGGAUACUUCUUUGGGGGAUCAGGAGCCGGAGCAUCCACAGAUGGCUAAGGUUUGUUUAUAUCUCUCUGUUUGUUUGUUCAUAGUACCUCCUUUUCCAUACCACUCGGUCUUCAGGUCUUCCAGCUCGCGGGAUACAAGUGAUCUUACGAGGCAGUAUCUCUACGCUAUACGCCUAGU